GAUUCCCUCAUGACUCUCCCUUUCUCUUUUCCUCCUCGGCCAUCAGCAACAUGAAUGAUCAGGACGGUGAAUUUCCUGCGGUCCAAGGUGGAGGCAGCCUGAUCCUCGCCUGGCAGAUUAGAGGCAAAAAAGUACUUGUUGUUGGCGGCGGCGAGGUCGCAGCAGGGCGCAUCCUCAACUGCCUCAAUGCCGACGCUAUCGUCACCGUCGUCUGCCCCACGUCCGGCCUUAACGCAGAAGUAGCACACCGCGUUGCGCGCAGCCAAGUGAUGCACGUCGACCGCCGAUUCCAGCCAUCCGACCUCGACGAUCCGGCCAUCAGCCUGGUCCUGACGGCCAUCGACGAGCCGCAGGCGUCCACGGAGAUCUGGCAGCUGUGCCAGGCGCGUCGCAUCCCCGCCAACAUCGCCGACGUGCCGCCUGAGUGCGACUUCUACUUUGGCAGCGUACACCGCGAUGGUCCCUUGCAGAUCAUGGUGAGCACCAAUGGCAAGGGCCCCAGGCUGGCCAGCACUAUACGAAAGGGCAUCGCGAGCUCGCUGCCCAAAGAUGCCGGCGCCGCCAUUGAGAGGGUCGGCAGGCUGCGCGCCAUGCUGAGGAAGGUCGCGCCUGGGAGUGACCAGGUGAGCAGGAGGAUGGGGUGGAUGAUUAAGGUUAGCGAUGCCUACAGCUGGGAGGCGUUUUGCGACUUGACAGAGGAAGACAUGGAGAAUUUGCUCUUGUUCUUCUCGAGAGGUGAGGUGCCGGACCUCGACCUCAUUAAAUCCAUGAGGGAAGUGCCAGAUUAUGUCUUUGAUGGUUCCUUUGGGUUUUCAGUCGGCUGUUAACGACGAGUUGUACCCGAAAGUUUGGUGGGAACAGGAGGGAAAAAAAAGUAAAAAAAAAAAAUACAUGGUACAACAGAGGGCCCCAAAAGAAGAAGAAGAAGAAGAAAGAAAGAAAGAAAGAAAGAAAGAAAGAAAUUGAUACCCGGGCUGGCAUGAAGGAGGCGUUCCGGUCUUCGCAUCAUGGGGUCCUAGAUGGUAGCACGGGAUGCCGGAUGAGAUGAACAAUCCUGAUUUAUAUUUUCC